GACAAUCGGUCGAAGGAGACUGUCAGAAUUUUUUGUUUUUCGUUUUGUGUUCUGCCUAUUUGCUGAGUCUGCUUGUUGACGUCGAUUUUCCGUGAAAAUUUUGUGAUUAAUCUAAAUCUCAAAUAAGGAAGUGGUAAAUAAAUAAUAAUGUUGAGAAGAAAACUACUGGUGGUGGUGAAAGCGUUUCUAAUGGUGGCUUUGUUUGUGCCAGUGACGCAUGGAAAAUCUGAUCCUGGCAAAACUAUGAAAAUACUAACGCCGAGCGCAAAUGUGGCACGUGAACAGCGACCAUUGCUAGCCAACUCUAAAAUAAAAGUGCACAUCGAAUGUGAAAGCCAUGAGCAGUUAAAUGUUAUCGUUACAUGGACACUUUUUGAACGACCAUGUUGGUAUGAUAAACGCUUGCCCGAAAGUUUGUACAAUGCUUAUGAGCAGCAAUUGCAAUUGCAAAACAAAUCAGAUUCCGGUUUCAUUACCAUGGACACGAAAAAUUCCUUAUGUCCAAUGCAUCCAAUUUUGCUACCCGAAAAACCAUGGCCAAUACGAGAAACAACCGGUGCAGCAGCAAAAGCACCAGGCGCAGCUGCAACGUCAUCACCAGCCACGGCUGCGUUGCAAUCAGCGAAUACAUUCAAACAUCCUACAGCGCCAUAUGCAAAAACUAUCAUAACUAUCGGCAGAGAUGGCAUCUACGAUUUGACACUGAAAAUUGAGGCUGCCAAAACAUCCGACGCAUCAGACUUUUCCUCGCUCGUUCAACUGGAUAUUGUUGGCCCCGAUGGCGGUUACCUCUCAGCCAUUGAUCACCCAUUGUUGGCGUUCUAUGGCAUAAUGUGCGUUGUCUAUGUGAUUUUCGGCGUUAUCUGGCUCUCUGUGUCGUUCAUGCAAUGGCGUGAUCUGUUGCGCAUACAAUUCUGGAUUGGUGGCGUCAUACUGCUGGGCAUGUUAGAGAAAGCCUUCUUCUACGCACAGUACUACAGUUUGAACACGACAGGUGUUCCCGUGCAGGGUGCUGAACUGGUGGCGGAAUUCGUUUCGUGCGCAAAACGCACCUUGGCUCGCAUGCUUGUCAUUAUUAUGAGUCUAGGAUUUGGCAUUGUAAAACCGCGUUUGGGUCCAAUGCUUCAUCGCGUGGUCGGUGUUGGUGCGCUUUACUUUGUGCUGGCCUGCGUUGAGAGUUAUUUGCGUGUGACAAGCACGAAAACCGAUGAGCAGCUGGUUGCCGCCAUUCCCUUGGCUGUGCUGGACACAGGCAUUUGCUGGUGGAUAUUCACCUCGCUGGUACAGACCACCAGAACGCUGCGCUUGAGAAGAAAUAUGGUUAAAUUGUCGUUGUAUAGACACUUCACAAACACACUGAUAUUCUCGGUGAUUGCAUCAGUGAUGUUUAUGUUGUAUGCAUUGCAUGUGCGCAAGACACAAAACUGUACACCGGUUUGGCGUAAUAUUUGGUUAGAUACCGCCUUCUGGCAUGUGCUUUUUUCGGUGUUAUUGCUGGUGAUUAUGAUUUUGUGGCGCCCCACAAACAAUAAUCAACGCUAUGCCUUCACACCGUUGCUUGAUGCCCCCGAAGAUGAGGAUGACGAUGAGGAAGAUCAAUUUGUCGCCGAUGCGUAUGGCGUAAAAAUGCGCAAUUCCCAUACAAAUGGCGGUACCAAAACUCCACCAAAUUCACAGCGCGCUACAACAACCGAGGAGGAUGAUUUGCGUUGGGUAGAAGAUAAUAUACCAUCAUCAAUAGCGGACCCAGCGUUGCCAGUUUUGGAUUCGGACGAAGAAAUUAUAACUACGAAAUUCGAAGUUUCGAAAAUGCAAUAGAGUUAGACUAUAGUAAGAAAACAAAAAAAAAAAAAACAGCACGACACACACAAUAAAAACAAAA